GAGCUCUCACUGCCGAUUGCUCACUGAUUGUCUUGUUUUGGUAGCCUCUCCAGCUCUGAACCAUUCCUUAGCUCAGACAUGGCACUAAGAAGAGGACAGUUCUCCAGCUUUUCAUCCCAUGGCGCCAUUGGUGGUGGUGCUCGUUUUUCUGGUGGCUCUGAAAGAGUGCAAAGAUCCAUGGCAUCUUCAUCUUUUAGCAGCUACGGUGGUGGUUCUGGUGCAGCUACGGGCUUUGGUUUGGGUGGCGGAGCGAUGAUGGGCAGCGGCAGUGCACUUAGUUCAGGUUAUAUGAGGUCUGGGAGCGGCGCAGGAAUGGGCUUAGGUUCCGGUUUUGGUUUUGGGAGUGGUGGUAGUUUUGGAGGUGGUGCCGGUGGUUUUGGAGGGGGUUAUGGAGAUGGUGGUGACAGUUCUGCUGUGCAAAUUGUCAAUGAAAAGCAGCAAAUGCAAACCCUGAACGACAGACUGGCUACCUAUCUCGAAAAGGUGCGCACCCUUGAAGCAACCAACAAGGACUUGGAGGACAAGCUCAAGAAUUUCCACACGAGCAAAGUGGUCACCAGGGAUUACACCUCGUUCGAGGACCAGCUGCAGCCCCUUCGUGACCAGAUAAUUGCUGCCAUCAUUGAAAAUUCCCGCGUGGCCUUGGAGAUUGAUAAUGCUAAGCUGGCUGCUGAUGACUUCAGAACAAAAUACGAGUCUGAGUACACCAUUCGCCAGUCAGUGGAGGCUGACAUCCUCAAUCUGAAGGGUCUGAAGAAAGAGUGUGAGAUCAACCACACCAGUAAUCUUCAGGAAAUUGAAACAUUGAAACAAGAGAUUGAAGAACUUAAAAAGCAACAUGAAGAGGAUAUGGGAGGUCUGAAAGAAGAAAUGGCUGGCACUGUAAACGUGAAUGUCCAGGCUUCUGAAAGUCCCGAUCUGGCACGCAUUUUGGAAGACUUACGGGCAGAUUAUGAAAGCAUAGUUCAAAGAAACAAGCAGGACCUUGAGAGGUGGUUCAACAAGCAGGUGGAAGCCAAAGAAGCUGAAGCCAUCCAGAAAGCAGAGGCUGCUGGAGGCACUGAAACCACAAAGACAGAAAUGACAGAUCUUCGCCGUCAGACUCAAAGCCUACAGGCAGAGCUGGACGCUUUGCGGGCCACUAAAGCCUCCUUGGAGGAAAACUUGGCAGGGGUAGAUGGCCGCUAUCAGAUGGAACUUCACCGUAUCGCUGCCUUGGUAGCCUCCUUGGAGGAAGAGCUGAUGAACAUCCGGGACAGCAUGACCUCACAGAACGAGGAGUACAAGAAACUUCUGAACAUCAAAGAACAACUGGAGCAGGAGAUUGCAACAUACAAGCAACUGCUGGAAGGAAUGGAGCUGGGCGGUGGCGGGGCCUCGUCCUCCACGGGCUCAAAGGCUGAUGCUACAUUGAAUAUGGUUAUAGAAAGUGUUUCACAGACUACAGUGGUGACCAAAGAGGUGAAGACCGAAGUCAAGAAAUAAAGCAAUGGAGACCUCAACCCCAUCACUGGGGAGAAGAAGAGGCUCAGUGGGUGACAUCUUGGACCUUUAAAACAAGUCCAUUGCGGAUGGAAAGAGAAGCGUCUUCACUUGGCUUGGGUUUUUAGAUCCUGCUUGGUUUGGGGAAUUUUCUCUGCUCUUGUGCUACUUGGGAAGGCAAUGCUAGAAUCCUGUUUGACAAUAAAGAAUUUCACAGCAGAUAA